AUGACAGAAGAAAAAAGUCAUAACGAACCAACCAAGAAUGAAAGCAGCGAAAAUAAAUACCUCUCCCAAAUAUACUCUUUCCUAAAUUCCAGUUACAUUAAAAGUUCUUUUGAAAGUAAGCCUGAAAAUGAUCAGAACAAAAAGAAGAGAAGACAUUUGUCUUCUCGGAAGGCGUAUGGCUACCUCGUCCGGAGGUUUAAGAAGGUUGCAAUCGAAUGCGACUUAUACUUGGAAGAAAUUCAAGUUCAAAAUGAAAAUGAGAAAUUCAUCGUUCAACUGUUUGGGAGGAACUCCGUUACGUUAAAGAAGCUUUACAGAAAGAAAAAGAUGAUUGAUCAUUAUUUUUUCCUCCUCAUUUUGUUUAACAUCCUGUCCAAUUUGCCUUACACCAUUAUACCAAUUCAGAAGUUUGUAGACAUUUGCGACAGUUACAUAAAUCGAGGCGUGAAACUCCUGAUGAAGUUGAACGCGUCUCACUACGGUAGGAAGAAGCGAAUUCACAAAAUUUACUUCGAGUCGGUUUUCUACCUAUUUGUGUCAAUAUGGAAUAAGCACUAUUUUGACUUUUCCCUGUCCAACACCAUGGUAAUUUUGAACUUUUUUUACAAAAUUUACAUUAUCCUGAAGAAGCUGGAAAUUCGGAACGUAAACCUGUUUGAUAACAUAUACGUGUUGUGCGCGUCUUAUGUGAACAAAAUAAACUCCAUGUUGUGGUUCAGCACGUACCUCAUCAUCAAGCGGAUGCUAAUAGACGAAUGCGAAAUAAAAAUCAUCAAGAAGAAAAAAACCUUCCUGAUUUUGCCUAUUUUCAUCGACAUUAUAAAAAUCUUGGACGUGUACGACGAAAUUAUAAAAAAAACAAACAUAGGUUCAUUGGUAAAGUUGUACGAAGAGCUGAAAUUAUUUCUCCUUUUGUUUUUCCACAAGUUGCUGUACAAUUUAAUAACAGAGCAGGACAUGCUUCCGAGAAAUAUUUUUAAAUACCUCCAAAUUAAUAACAACAUCGCAUCCAACCGGAGAAGGAGAAGUGGCAAAGGGGACGAUUCACAUAGGAGGGAAUCCAGUGAACUGCACAACAGCUUUUACAAGUACACAAAUUCGAUCAACGAGAACUUUGUUUUUUUUUCAUUUUUCGAAAAUUUUUGCUUGUUUAACAAUUUCACCGAAAGGGAAAAGACAAAUGAUUUUUAUUCCUCCCUGUCCCUUUCGUUCAACUCGAUAAAUUCGACAAGCUCUUCCAACGAAAAUAAACAAGCAAGAGGUGCCAAUUACUCAAAGGAACAUGUAGAAUCACCUGAACAAGGCUAUAAUGAUUGCUGCAGACAACAUGAAGAAAGCGAAAAGUCGUCCCAAAUUAUAAGAAUGCACAAACACAAAAUUGACAUCCUUGAUAUGGAAUACAAUCACUUCUUCAUUCAUAAAUACAAAAAUGAAAAUAAAUUUAUUUUACUCAUUAAAAGUUACUUCAAUGAUUACUUGUGCGCUCUCGUGAACAGCUUGUACAUUUACUCAAAAAUUAUUUACUCUGAUAGGAAAUAUUGUUCAAGUGACUGUAAGGAUGAUGACCGUACUGACGAGGGGCACCACGAGGAAGGUAGCAACGCAGGGGAUGAGCAUCAGCUAAACCGGAAUGAAGACAGAAACGAAAUGGAUGAGAAAACGAGGGAUCUCCACGAGUCGUUCCCUUUGAUGGUCUCUUCGUCGGCACUGCCCUUAGGCCCUCCCGGUGAGAAGCGGCAUGACUGUGAGGAGAACUGGAGUGUAGAUCGAAAAUUAGGCGCAAUAGUACUAGACGCAGAUAAGAUGACCCCAAUCCACAUUGGCGCAACCGACUUGACCACGCUCCGAGUGGACUCCGGCGAAGUGGACGAGUUCCACCUGAUCCACAGGCAGAAGGUGCAACGGCAAGAAGACAGCGCGCUGAAAGGCACGGGGAAGAAGAGGAAAAAACGAAAAUUCCCCCACGCACACAGAAAAAUUGUAAACGCCUUAACAAGCUUCGUGGAAGUAAUAUACAAAAAUAUAUUCAAAAAAGUGAUCAAGAAAAUACACACAUGCAAAAGCAUAAGCGAUUUGAAGCUCUAUUCAUACGUAGAAAAAAUAUAUUCAAAUGAUACGUACUACUGCUUAAAAAAGAGGUUAAAAAAAUUUUGCUUUGUUCUUUUCUUUUCCGUUACGCUCAAAAAUUUAAUUAAAAGUUAUAUAUAUAAAAUAAAAAAAGAAAAUGUAAACAAAAAGAAUUUGGAAGAUUUCCAGUCCAUCCUCAUAUACGACACGUGCAGCUUUAUCAAAAUAUAUAACCAACUAAAUGAAGCUAAUUGCAAGGAUUUCUUUUCAAAUAAAUAUAUAAACUUCCUGGUGUAUAUAAAAAACAUACUCACAUUGCCCCGGCAGAAACUGUUACUCUUCCCAAUUAAAAACAGACAUUUUUUUUUCUACAUAAGGAGCAAGCGAGUAGAUAUCCACUUUGACAGCUUCGUGGAAGAAUGCAAGUUGAAGAAUCAACAAAUGAGCGAUGAAAAGACGCUCCCCCAAUUUUGCCAACAGGAUUAUUAUGUACUCCCAAAUAGCAGAAACUCGCAAAUUUCCCGAACCAAGUAUUAUGCAGCCGAUGAGGCAAAUCAACUGCCAGAUUACCCAAGGAAAAACAUACUUGAACAGACCAUUUACAACAUAUUUCAGUCGCUCAAUCCGUUCAGUAAAGUGCAAAAGAGAAACGAUGGGGAUAGCUACUCCGGGUGGGACGCUAAUCAGGAAUACAACUCAAUCAAAUCUGUCCACCAUAGGAGGGCGGGCCCUUAUGACAGCUCCACCAGUGUCGACACGGAUGGGUUUGUCGAGGAAUGGAAAAAAAAAGGAAUUAAUCAGGAGGAAAGAAAAGGGAAGAAGGAAGAAGAAGAAAAAAAAAAAAAAAAAAAAAAAAAAAAAAAUUAUGAACAUGGUCAGGUGGAAGGUGACACCGAAAGGCGAAAUGUCCCAGCUAGCCAAAGCGAAAUUAUGAACAAUUCAGGAAGGGGAAAAAAAAAAUCAGUCACAAGUUCCUGUAAGUCGGAAGGCGAACAAUGUGAUGGAGUCACCGCGCAGGAGUUCCAGCGGAGCGUCUCUAAUGGAGAGAGUAAAAGCGAAGAUGACAACUCAGGUGUAGAACGACACUCUUAUAACGAACACAAUUAUAGCAGUCAAUCCGAUGUGAGCAGUGUACAGAGCGAAGACCUGGAAGAACAAAAGUUCACGAGGGGAAAGUCGAGCGUUAGCCCGUUCGAAAUGACGCCGGAAGAAAAAAAGUAUUGCAUGAAGGUGUACAUGAAAAAUUCCAGUGAACAGUUUGACAGAAAAGUGAUGAUUUUAAAAAAUGACAAAAUUUAUUUUUACAACUCUGAGUAUGCCAUAUCAUACGAUUCCUUUUACUUCCUCAUGGAAAUAAAAAAAAUAUAUUCGUGUGAUGGUUUCUUCGACUCGCUCAUCAAUUCACAACGGAUAAGUGUCGUCAACUCCACCUACUCCUCCACGGAGGAUGAGGAAUUCAAUUCCAGGAGUGCGGGCAGUCUUUCAUCGGAGAGUGGCUGGCAGAAGUGCGGCUUCGACGCGAAAAUAAUUUUCCACAACUCGAUGCGCAAAAACAUACAGCUCAUGUUCAUUGAUGAGUCAUACGAAAAAAUGAUCAGCAGGAUAAACAGCUCCUUAGUUCACGAGACGGACAGGACAUUCACAUAUACACAGUUGAGUUACGAUGAGGAAGUGGAAAGAGCCCUCCUCAGUCACUAUCUAGAUCAAAGUGUGAAGGAGCAAGGCGAUUCUUCUAAAGGUUUUAGCUCCAGUGAAAGCAACAGUGCUUUUUCAAAUUGUGAGUCACAUGGCGGAUCGAGCAGCGAUAGCCCAAGUGAUGCACCAAGUGAUGCGCCAAGUGAUUCACGAAGUUAUCAGUCUUGUGAUGGGCAGAACGGUCGUUUCGUAGAAGAGACGGAAGAAGGCUCCGGCAGGGAUGCCACACGUUCGUAUGAUAAAUUCCAGUCGAGCCACGAGGGGGAUGACCCAUACAGUGCAGGUGAAAAGUGCGCAUAUCAGAAGGGCACACUUGCUACUGACGUUCGCGAUGGAGAAAACCUGCUGAACAAAAUCCUGCAAGACAACCAAGACCUUCUGGAGAGGAAGAAAAGUGAAACCCAAGGAAAACUGAAUAGGUAUCCAAAUUUAAUCGAGUACAAGUACUCAUCCAGCACCACCGAUAUCUAUGUAAGCCAGAGGAAAUAUUUCGCCAAAAAAAAAAAAAUAAAAGUUCGGAAGGAAAAUAAAAUGAAGCUGUUCAAGAAUAUCGACAAAAAUGAUAUUUACAAUUUGUUUUAUGAGGAAAUUUGUAGACUCUGCAAGAAAAAAAAUAACAACAUAUCCAAGACGAAUUCGGACGACCUCUUUUUCCAUAAGUAUGUGAAUAAGCUGUACCAUACAGCCAACCUGUGA